AUGGCGGCAGGAUUCUUUAAAAAAUUAUGGGAUGGAAUUAAGAAAGCUGCGGGUUGGGUUUAUAAAAAGGUUAUUAAACCUGUUGCAAACUUUUUGGCACCAGUAGCGAAAACGGCAGGAACUAUCAUAGGUGGAGUAUUAGGUACUAAAGUAGGUAAUCCAGCGAUGGGAGCACAAGCAGGUAACGCA